UGACCACACCAAACUAGGUACACUUGAUUAAAUAGCCAGCCAGUCACACUAAUUAGAGAAAAUUUACUUUGGUCCUUAAUUAAUCAAGAAAUACACGACACGUGGCAGAACAGAACUCGGUCUUCCUGCAAAAUCUGCCACAUUCCUCCGAGUUACCUCCACCCCCAUCUACCAUUCUCGCUCGUUUAUUUGCACACGAAAACACCAACAGACACACCCUGAAUCUUUAGCCGGCCAAAAAUCGCCUGCAGUUCAGUAAUCAACCCGACAAGUUUUAAAAGCAGGAAAAUGCUGACACUUUCUCUCUCUUGUUGUUCCUCUCUCUACAACAACAACCGAGUCCUCUCCACCAAGAGUCCCAACUCUCAUCAAACCAGAGCCUUUUGCCCACCACAGCUUAAACAACUACGUACCAAGCACCAGUUCAGCUCCCUCAACUAUAACCCACUUCGAGGGUUGGUAAUGGACAAGAAAAUCCGUGGUUUUGGUGCGGUUUGCUAUUCUGCGCCGCUCACACCUCAGAAUCUUCAGUGGGUCUCCACUGUAUCUACUGCAAUCCUAUUGUUGGCAAAGGGGACAGCUAUCCAAAAGUCCUUUCUUGUUCCUCUAUUUGCUCUACAAGCACCGCCAGCCAUCGUCUCGUGGAUGAAAGGCGAGUAUGGCAUUUGGACUGCUUUCUUGGCCCUUCUUGUGCGUCUCUUCUUCUAUAUUCCCGGGGAGUUGGAGUUGCCAUUUAUAGCUUUGCUGUUGGUGAUUUUGUCUCCCUACCAAAUUACGAGGCUGAGAGGAACGCAGGAAGGUGUGAUUGUUUCGUUGGCAAUAGCGGCUUAUCUGGCUUUCCAGCAUUUCACGAGACUUGGCAGCUUGGGAAAAGCUUUCGAUCAAGGUUCAAUCCUUGCCACCUUAGCCACCGUUUGUGUUGUUCUUAUGCCGUGCUUGCUUCUGAUCUAAAUUUCGACUUGUACGAAUGAUCACGUUUAAUCAUUUCUCUCUCCUUAUAAUAAAGAUACCUCGUUACUACUUUAUUGGAGAAGAGUUUGUAGUUCUGUGAAUAAAUUUCGAAUCUUUUAUAUACGAGCAUUUGUAGA